AUGGAACUCAGCCAAGAACGUUUUCGCGCCAUAAUUUAUUACAACUUUCAGAGACAACUAUCGCAACAAGAAGGCCUUGCUGAGUUACUGUCUGUUUUCGGCAACGAAGCGCCACAUCAUUCGACAAUUUCCCGUUGUCUUAGCGACGAUCCCAGGGUGGGUGCACCAAAAACGGCAUUCACCCAGGAAAACGUCGAUGCUACAUGUGACCAAAGAUCAAAGACCUCAAUUCAAAAAAAUUUACAUGAAGAAUUAGGAGAAAGAAAAUUAGUUUCUCGUUGGAUACCCCACCUGUUGACUGAAGAGCAGAAAGCAGCCAGGGUUAAUUGGUGUCAAAAAACGCUUGAGCAUUUCAAUUCCGUAAACUCAAAAUAUGUGUACAGCAUUGUUAGUGGUGAUGAAUCGUGGAUUUACUGUUAUGAACCAGAAAAUAAACGACAGUCGGCUGUUCCAAGAUGGUCGCUACAUGUGUGUCAAAAAGCGGGUCAUAUUGCAACAAUUCCUCUUAAUGAGCAAAGAACUGUUACUGCGGAUUGGUAUACCACCAUUUAUUUGCCAAAAGUCAUCACCGAGCUUCGAAAAAUCAACCCCGAAAGAAGAAUCAUCCUCCACCAAGACAAUGCAAGCUCGCACGGAGCCCAAAAAACAAGGCAGUAUUUAACGGAAGAAAACGUGGAAUUAUUGGACCAUCCUCCAUAUAGUCCCGAUCUAAGUCCUAACAAUUUCUUUACUUUCCCGAAAAUUAAAAACAGACUGCGUGGUCAAAGGUUCACGUCAUCAGAAGAAGCAGUUGACGCAUUCAAAAAUGCCGUUUUGGAUCUGCCAGCAAACGAGUGGAAUAAGUACUUCGAAAAUUGGUUCGAGCGCAUGCGUAUGUGUAUUAAUCUUCGUGGAGAAUACUUCGAAAAACAAUAA